GCGUGAAUGUGAAGGCUCCAGCUCUGCUGCUGAGCCAGCUGCUGCCCCACAUGGAGAAGAGAGGGAGGGGUGCUGUCAUCCUGGUCUCCUCCGUUACAGCUUAUAUACCACUUGUGGAGCUGGGUGCCUACAAUGUCAGUAAGACAGCCCUGCUUGGCCUCACCAGGACACUGGCAUUGGAACUGGCCCCCAAGGGCAUCCGGGUGAACUGCCUGGUUCCUGGAUUAAUUGAAACUGACUUCAGCAAAGUGUUGCAUAAGGAUGAGGCUUCCUGGAACAAAAUAAAAGAAAAUCAUCAGCUGCAGAGGAUCGGGCAGCCAGGCGACUGUGCAGGUCUCGUGUCCUUCUUGUGCUCUCCAGAUGCCAGCUACAUCACCGGCGAGAACAUCGUGGUGGCUGGCUUCUCCCCUCGGCUCUGA